UCCAGUUCUUUUACCAGUCACUGGUUGGCUUAAUCUAAAAAUAUAUUUCAACAAUUUCACGGAAAGAGAAAACUGAGUUAUGCAAUACAUCUUUAUUGUAUCAAGUUAAUGCAUUGGGUUAAUCUUGGCAAAAAGGCUAUAGACGACGCCAUUGUCGACAUGACUUGAACGACCCACAGUUUUCUUGAGUAGAGUGCCUUGUGGAAGGAUUUGGUUACUGUUUUUAUCGAGAAUAAGGGAAGAGAAUAGAAGAAUGGAUAGAAUAGUCUUCAUAAUUCUUGUCGUGGAAAUCACAAUAAUGUUUUACAGGGAUGUUUUCGCUGGUGAUUGUGGCGUGCGAUCAGCGUAUGCAGAUCAACUUAUUGGAGACAAGAGAAUAACAGGUGGUCAGGAGUCAAUGCCAGGGGCGUGGCCGUGGAUGGCAGCACUAUAUGUAGACGGUCCUCCAGUAUUUUUCAAAUGUGGAGCUGCUUUGCUUUCCGAAAGAUGGGUGAUAACUGCUGGUCAUUGUGGAUUGAUUGCCAACGGGCUCGCACUAGCUGGUGCUCAUACAAUGCCUUCUCGUAUUAGAGUUCGUCUUGGUGAGCACAAUCUCAACGCUGCGUCUGGUUCGGAGCAGGAGAUCAUAGCGAAUAAAGUCAUCUUUCAUCCUAAAUGGGACAUACUUACAAAACCAUCAAGUAAAGGACCUAAAACCGUAUCGAUAUAUGAUAUGAUGUUAGUUGAACUAAAGGAACCAGCUAAAAUAACCGCACAAGUUUCACCUAUAUGUUUGUCGACCCAGUCAUUUCCGCCAGGAAAGAUGUGUCAUAUCGCUGGGUGGGGAAAUGAGAAAGUCAAUGGUCCUGUGCAUGGAACAUUACAUGAAGCAGCCAUACCUGUAGUUACCCAACAAGAAUGCAACAAACCAGAAUCAUACUGUGGAUCUAUCACCGAUGACCUGGUUUGUGCUGGAUUCCUUCAAGGUGGCAAAGACACCUGUGAGGGGGAUAGUGGAGGCCCUCUUAUGUGUAAAGGGAACGACCAACGAUGGUACAUAGCUGGGGUGGCAUCAUUUGGUCAUACAGAGUGCGGAAUACCUCACAAGUAUGGUAUAUACUCCAAGAUAGCGACCUCAAUAGAAUGGAUUACUAACAAUACUGGAAUAACACUUCCAGUGAACACUAUGAACGACUACAACCCUUAUAGUUAUAAUAAUUACAAUAUAUGGAACCCCUUUGGAUAGACUGUUGGGCUUCCUGUGAGCAUCAAUGCCGAGAUAUACUGGGACAAGUACAAGAAAUAACAUCAUCAAAGCAAUUUAUGUUGAAAUGCAUUGUUGGCUAAAAAUAAAAGACAAUUACUUCUUAUUAUCAUUAUUUUAAUGUUGAAACUUUUCAAUAAAAUCUACAUUUAUGUUUC